AUGGGUGAAUCCAAGACCAUCGAUGCUGGGAACGCUGUACCAGUGCUGGAAUCGCCGUCGGACUCAGAGACGAAUGGACCAAAUGUUCCCAGGCUUCCGGACCGGUACGCCGACGAAAGCUACAAGCUCUUCAGCAAAGUUCAAGUCGAGGCGCCGACGCCAGAUGAGGCUCGAAUAAUCCGCAACAAGUGUCUGUGGAGGAUUCUUCCCUUUCUGUGCAUCGGAUACCACUUGAUGUACGUUGACAAGCAAACGCUUGGGAGCUCGGCCAUUCUAGGCAUCCUGGAAGAUGCGCACCUUAAUUCGAACCAGUACAACUGGCUCUCGUCCAUAUUCUACUUCGGGUAUCUGAUAGCCGAAUGGCCACAAAAUCGCGCCCUCCAGCAUUUCCCAGUCGGCAAGUGGCUUGCCACGAUGCUCAUUGGGUGGGGUGGCGUCACUUUGCUGCACAUACCUUGCAACAAUUUUGCGUCUCUCUUCGUGGUCCGCUUCUUUCUCGGGCUAUGCGAAGCUUGCAUCGUACCGGCAUUUCUGCUCACCAUGUCGAUGUUUUUCACGUACCGAGAACAAUCCAUUGUGAUGCCCAUCAUGUGGGCCGCGGGCAACUCCAGUCCUAUUACCUCAGGCCUGCUCUCUUGCGGAGUGCUUUGGAUUAAGACCGGAGGUUUUGCGACGUGGAAGUGGUUCAUGUUGAUCACCGGUUGCAUCACGAUUAUCUUCGGGGGGUGUGUGUGGUUUCUCUUCCCGGACAGCCCACUACAAGCAAAAUUCUUGACGCUCGAGCAACGUGCUCAAGCCAUUCUUCGGAUCAAGGAGAAUCAUUCCGGUAUUGAGCAGAAGUACUUCAAGCGAUAUCAGUUCAUCGAAGCCCUCCAAGACCCCAAGAGUUGGCUCUUCUUUCUCCAUGCCUGGUCGCAGGAGAUGGCGAAUGGUGUCACUAAUCAAUACUCGCUUAUCAUCAAGUCCUUUGGGUUCACAGUGCUUCAGACGACUCUCCUGGGCUGUGUUACUGGAUUGACUGCCCUUGUCUCUCUCCUCACUGCCGCCAUCGUCAUGUGGAGGACACGGAACUGCCGUGCUUGGAUUUCUGUGGUUGCGUAUAUCCCCUGCGUUAUUUCCAGUGCUCUCCUGCUAGGCAAGUUAUUCUGUUUGCCAUGGUCGGACAGAUGGGGCCUAAUCUGGGGUAUCUGGAUUCGUUCUACUGGAGGAAUUCCUUACGCCGUUGUGAUGGUGUGGGCUGCCAAUGCUUCUGCUGGACACACGAAGAAAACAACGGUCAUCGCAAUGUAUCAUAUUGGAUACGGCCUUGGAAAUAUUCUUUCUCCGCAGCUGUUUCAACCACGGUGGAAGCCGAGAUACAAACCAACUUGGUGGAUCAUCCUCUGGGUUGCCGUCAUUCUCCCAUCGUUCGUCAUCCUCUAUCUCCGAUAUUACUUGAACAAGGAGAACAAGCGCCGAGAUGCCCUGGAAGCGGAAGGGAAAGUUAUCGACGGCGGAGUUGUCGAGGAGGUGACAGAUGAAGGUGUCAAGAUUGCCCACGCCGUGGAUAAUAACCAGCUUGAUUUGACGGACCGGGAGAAUUUGGGCUUCCGCUACGUGCUAUAG